CACAAGCUUUUUAUAGCCUGACCAAGAACUGCGAUUCAAAACAAGUUUUGUUUGAUAAACUUUACACUUCAAAUACUUAAAUAAGACAUUUAACUUUUCGUGUACUGAAUGGAAAUGAAGGCGUCUCCUGCACUCGUGCUCUGUGUGUCCGUCACCGUUCACCUAGCGCUAACUCAGCUUCAGCUGCGCGUGCGCCCGUCGCCUAGCGACCACCUGCCGGUACCGGACCUGCACGAGGACCCUGACCCCGCGGUGGAACCGGGAGAGAAGGAUUUAGCCCCUCGAUUGCUCCGGAGGAAACUCGGCAGCAGUUUUGACCCCGUUCUCUCCUCAAUCGGUUCACCGACUCCAGGUAACGGGUCCGAAAUCACGCGAGAGGACGAGAUUAGUCUCGCCGGAGCAAUUCCCAAUGAGUUCCAGCAGCUGGAUUUGUCAGGUCUCAAGGCGGCAGCGAAAACGGAGCGCAGGGUGCGCCGGUGGUUGUGGUCGUACACCCGGUGCCCGGUGCUGUCGGUGUGGAAAGAUCUGGGCGUGCGAUUCUGGCCGCGAUACGUUCGAGAGGGACAGUGCUCCGCCGAACGCUCGUGCUCUUUACCGGAGGGGAUGUUUUGUAAACCGGUGCAGUCCGUGAGCGUCACGCUCCUCCGGUGGCACUGCCAUCAGCAGGGCUCGCGCGCGCCUAAACGCUGCGUGUGGAUCCGCGCGCACUACCCGGUGAUUUCACAGUGCGGCUGCGCUUGCUUAUAG